CUUUUAUUUUCUGCUCUGAGCAGAUUCGACUCUGAUCUGAUUUCUGGAUUCACACAACAUGAAGAGCAGCAGCUGGAUUUCACUGUGCGGGGUUCUGGCUGUGGUUUGUGCCGUUCAGGCCACACACACAUAUUACUCCACACUGCGUUGUGAGUGUAAUGGGAGAUCUCGGUAUUGCCUUCGCGACGCUUUCGGCCUGCACUGCAUCGACUGUCAGGGAAACACUGAGGGUCGCCACUGUGAGCGCUGCAAGGCCGGCUUCUACCUGGAGGGGGCAGGACAGAGCUGCACGCCCUGCCGCUGCAACUCCACAGGUUCCGUUAGCGCCACGUGUGACAGCAGGGGGCGCUGCAGCUGUAAAGAAGGUGUUACAGGAGAAAAAUGUGACCGCUGUCCGGACGGCCCGAUCGGACCGAACGGCUGCUCGCAAAGACGUCAGCCCAGAGAGGAUUCUGGGACUCAGACACUUCCAUGUUUCUGUUACGGCCACAGCAGCCGGUGUUCUGCACAGUCCGGUUUCUCCGUCCACAACAUCACCUCCACCUUCGCUCACGGUCCGGAGGGUUGGAAGGUGGCGACGGCUCAAGGCGUCACCCCCGGUGAGGUUCACUUCCGGUGGUCGCCGACGCACCAGGACCUGGAGGUGAUUUCCAAAAACAGCCUGCCUGUUUACCUGUACGCCCCAGCUCCUUACCUGGGGAACCAGUUGCUGAGUUAUGGUCAGGACUUUUCCUUCUCCUUGCGUCUGGACCGAGGCGUCCGACACCCGUCCACCAACGACGUGAUCCUGGAAGGUGCUGGUCUAAAGGUCUCGGCCUCGCUGGGCGACCUGCGGUCCAUCGUCCCCUGUGGUCAGAAAAUCAACUACAGGUUCAGGCUGGAUGAGCAGCCUGGCAGCAGGUGGAGGCCUCAGCUCUCCUCCCUCCAGUUCCAGACCCUCCUCCAGAACCUCAGCGCCGUCAAGAUCCGGGCAACGUUCGGAGAAAACGGACGUGGUUACCUCGACAACGUGCAGCUGGUGUCAGCACAGCGUGGAGAUGGCGCCCCGGCCCGCUGGGUUCAGACCUGCAGCUGCCCCACGGGAUACGAGGGCGAGUUCUGCGAGCGCUGCUCCGCUGGUUUCAGACGCAGGAUCCCUGCAGACGGAGCCUUCAGCCCCUGCGAGCCCUGCAGCUGCAGAGGAGGCAGCUGUGACCCUCAGACCGGAGACUGCUACUCUGCUGACGAGACGCCCGGAGAACAGGGCUGCCCUGAGGGGUUUUAUGGAGACCCUGCAGGAGAUGCUGGAGCGCGGCGCCCCUGCACACCCUGUCAGUGCAACGGUCACAUUGAUGUCAGCGCGGCGGGAAGCUGCGAUCGCAGCAGCGGCGAAUGUCUGAAGUGUCUGAACAACACGACGGGACGGAGCUGUGAGGCCUGUGUGAGAGGUUUCUACCACAGCCGACCCACCGACGCCUGCAGACCGUGUGACUGUGACAUCCAGGGCUCUGAGUCCGGACAGUGUGAUGAUCUGGGCCGCUGUCGGUGCAGACCGGGCUUCGAGGGUCUGAGGUGUCACCGAUCGGACUGCCCCGCCUGCUUCAGCCCCAUCAAGACAAAGAUGGAAGCUUACGCUGCCAGACUGAAGGAGCUGGACUCUCAGUUCUCAGACAUGGACGGAGGUUUGACACCAGCCGACAGCUCUCAGAUGGAGGCCGCCCUGAGAGCCAUCGAGCAGCAGGUGAACGACCUGCAGGACACCACCGAGCAUCUCACAGAAUCAGAGAAGAGGCUGCAGGGUCGUCUGUCGUCCAUCAGCAGGAGUCAGCUGACCACAGGACAGGACAUCCAGAACAUCGCCGACACAGCCGACGACAUCGAACAACGGCAGAAAGCCUACAAGACUGAGGUGGAGGAGGUCCAGGCUCUGAUGGCGGAGAUUAAACGCAAACUGGAGGAGGCCAAGACCAAGCUCAGAUCAGCUGAGUUUCCUCUUGGAGAUGCUCCGCUGGGUUCAAACCUCCUGUCUUCGUUGGUGCAGACAGCUGUCAGCCUGGCAGAUAAGCAUCAGACAAAGGCUAAUUCUGUGGAGCAAACUGCCAACGAGGCUCUGAGUGACUCUGAGAAGAGUCUGGCUCUGGUCCGAACUCUCAUGAACAAAGAGAACAAAGUCAAAGAGCUGAUUGGAGAUCUGAAAACUAUGUACGACCAGACUUCUGCCCAGGUGAAGGGUUUGGAGAACCAGGCCAUCCGCUUGAGCAGCGAGGCCAGAGAUGAGAGCAAAAUGGCCGAUGGCAUGUUGAAAAAUAUCGCCAACAUGGAGCGAAACAUCCCAACAUCCCUGAAGGAGAAGAUGGACGACAUGGUUUCCAGGUUGGACGGUCUGAAGAAGGUGGUGGAUGGGAACAUCUCAGGCUUCGAGGCGCUGCAGGACGGCGUGCAGCAAGAUAAGGCCACCAGCGAGAACCUGCUCGCCAAGGGCAAAGCUGCCCAGCAGGAGUUCAACAGGCUGCUGGACAGAGUCAACGAUGCCAAGGCCAUCACUGAGGACGCUCUGCAACGCAUCAACACCAACACCAACGAGCUGGACGACGCACUCAACACCCUGAAAGGAUUCGACCAGCAGAUAGACGGCAGCAGAGCUCUGGCUGACGCCGCCAUCGGACGUCUUCCUGGCAUCAACGCCACCAUCCAGCAGGCUGUUAGCAACAACGAUGAGACGCUGUCUGUUCUGGGAGAUGUGUCCGAAGAUUACCACAGCACUCUGGGAUCCAUCAGUGAGCUGGAGGACCUGGUCAGCAGUCUGGAGGGAAUGUUUGGAUCUUUGCCGUCUCAUGCCAAUCUGGUGAAUGAAGCCUCCAAACUAAGGAAGGAGGCAGAGGAUCUGAAGACAAAGACGGUCGAUGUAGCUGAAGACCUGGGACUGAAGCUUGAUAAUGCCAGGAGGCUGGAGGUUGAUGCUGAACAGGCUGCUGUCGGAGCGGCUGCAGCUUUCAGCAACGCCAAACAGACCAGAGACGCUGUGGGGAAAACACUACGAAACGUCAACAGCCUGCUGGCUAACAUGAACAAACCCGACGUUGUGGAUGAAAAUCAUCUGAAGCAGCUGGAGGAGUCUCUGGCCGGCGCUCAGAGAGACGUGGAGGGUCACCUGAGGCCUCGGCUCAGGGAGAUGGAGCAACAGGAGGCCGCCAUGCGUCGCCGGCUGGCUGGCAUCAACCUGGACAUCGACACCAUCCUGGGAGACAUCGCUAACCUGGAGGAGAUCCUGAAGACCGUCCCCAGCGACUGCUUCAACACCCGCCUCAUUGAGGAGGCCUGAGCGUCAUUACCUGCUGCCAAGGUCUGGUUUUACAGAAGAGAACCCAAACCCACCCAGUCUUAGAAAACAAAGGGUGGUCACAGUCAGUUUUAAACUACUGUUUUUACAGGACCAUCAAGUUUAAAGAAUAAAUCCUAUUCAGAGUGUAAAUCUGACAUUACAUUUUUCAGAACCAUCCAGUUUCAUUUUUCUUCCCUGUAAAUGAUCAAAUCUGUCGCAGAGAAGCAGGAGACCUUUGUCCUCAGCCUUCAUCUGCUCUGACGCCUCACGGCUGUCCACCUGUCUGAGGUUUACUGUUCACAGUAAAUACCAGAAUAACCUGAGAAAGCAAAAUUACUUUAAAGUAAUUUUAUGUUAGAGGAGAAGAAAACACAUCAUCC